AUGGCUUCUCAAAGGGAUGAGCGUGAGAUGAAAGCGCCUGCAGGAGGGGAUAAUAAAAGGGAUCUGGCGGUGUCUGUUUCUACGUGUCCGGACAAGGAUGGUGCAGAGGAGAGGCGAACGGACAAGCUAGAGCAGAUGAAGGAGUGGAAGAACCGUUUUGAUGAGUUUGUGUCGUAUACUCACACGGUACUUAACGACGUACUUGGCUAUACUCGGCCGGAUGCGACCUCGGAGUUGAAUAGCCGACCGGUAAAUUCUCCGUCAGGUAACGGUGGUAGCCGUUGCAGCCCUCAACAGCGCACGCUUGGUGCCGAUCCGCCAUCAAUACAGAGCUCUUCCCAAACCGCCCCCGAAAAAGACCCCAAAUCCACAGGCUCUAAUAAACCGCCUUCAGUGACGGAUCCUAAAAGAAGGGUUUACACUUCGUUGACCGAGCCUCCCCGAAACGUCAGGCAGUGCAUGGACUGGUUGAUAGCCCUGAAGGGGAAGGAUGGUACAAAGAACAUUAAGGCUUUGGGUGAGGUAGUUUACGGUUUCCUCGCAGACAAGCCUGUAGGAUACACUAGGGUGCCAGCUCUCGAGGAAAUUAAAGAGAUCGUUAAGCAGUUCCUGAAGCAAAAGCAUAUUAGGGGCGAACCCUCCAUAAGGGAGAUGCUGAGCAAAUAUGAGACCUUGCGUAGUCUUGGAGAUCCAUGUAUCGAUUGCUUCUUUUACAUCGAAGAGCAUUAUGAGAACAUCAUACAGACCAAGCGCAUCACUGCUAUCUACAUCGCCGAGAGCUUGACUGAUCUUGUGAAAGGUUGUGAGAACUUCUUGGAAGGUAUCAAAAACCCUGACCAGUAUAUUUCUGCUUACUCGCCAGAUGCGACGUGGGAUGUGAAAUGCGCGAAGGACCUGGAAGCGUAUGCGAUCAUAUUUGUUGGGAUUGCGCCGAUGCUAUACGCAGGCUUACUAUCUGUGAUGAUAGAGUGUUGGAACGCGCGCUGGGGAUGUCCGACACUAAUUAGGAGUAAGCGAUUGCUACAAAUAUUGAACGAUUUGGGCUACGUUGAGCCGGAAUGCCGCUCCAAAAUCACACCUGCAGUUAUCGACAGAGCGUUGAGCCGAUUGGAUUACCAUGAAUUGGGGACUCUCUACAACCUCUCUGGAUUCUGGGCGUUCUAUGAUUUUCAAAACUAUUCAUCGACAGAUGCAUCAUCAUCAGGUCACGAAUCCUCAGGAUCUUGCAAAACUGUAGAAGCAGAUCAACACGAGCAGAGUCUCUGUCCGGCUCCACAGUCAGUAGCCGUCAACGAACUCUCACGAAACAUUUGUAACUUGUGA